CAAGAAACUAAAAAGUUUAGAAUUCUUGGGAGAGGCUCCUACCGAAGCUAGUGAAAAUUUACAGGCUCCGGAAUUAGCCCCUUCCGAUAAAAGAAUUACGGGACGGACUAAACCUUUGUCCUUAAAAGCCAAACCUGAAUUUCAUAGAGAGUUAAAACAGUUAGCCAUUGAGGAAAAUUGCUUAAUGAUUGAAGUCCUAGAAAAAGCCCUAGAAAGUUAUCAAAAAACUUCCCAAAGUUACCAAAAAGGAAAAAAAUAA